AGUCGGCUUAAAUAUUUAAACUUUGCUUUAUUUUUAUCGAGUUGCACCGUCAAUUUUUAAUUUGGCUUUGUUAAGCGGUAACAAUAGAACUACUGUGAUGCUAGAAGGUCCAAUGAUCACUUUUAACUAUCUUCAUGCCGAACACAUAACCUAACUUCUUCUGUUUCCAUUUAUUUUUUAUCUGAUUCGAGUAUUGCCGCCACAUUUUCCGCGUGUUAAUUGAGUUUUUUGAUUGUUUUUUAUAGUGUGUUCUGUGUUUAUAGUAAUGGAAGGAAAAAGGCAACGCAGUACAAAUUUUUCCCAUGCGGAACAAUCAAUUUUAUUAAAUAUAAUUUCAAAAUACAAAAAUAAAAUUGAAAAUAAAAAAACAGACAGUGUUUCGGUUACAGAAAAGAACAGAACAUGGGAAAAAAUACAGGAAGAGUUUAAUGCUUUAGCACCAGACCAUUCCUACAGAGCCGCCGUAAUGUUAAAGAAAUUUUAUGAAAAUAAAAAAAAAAAUGUACGUAAAGUGGCAGCUCUGGAAAAAACAGAGAUAAUUAAAACGGGUGGUGGCCCACCACCCAAUAUUAAAAAAGACUCUAACCAUGAUUUAAUAUUGGGCCUCAUGAACGUGAAAACAGUGUAUGGGUUAGACAAUGAAUUUGAUUCUGAUAAUCAGAUUAUUGCAGAACCCGAAGACCCUGCUGAAAAUGAGGAGUUUGUGUAUGAAUUUGGCAGUAAUGAAUAUUGGACAAUCGAAAAAGAUGACAAUAUGUUUCAGAAUGAAGUUUUUGAUGAACAGCCAAGAAAUAAUCCUAUAACAAUUGAUUCACCAUCUACUUCUCAUGUUCAAAUACAAACUUCCCAGACAGUACAAACGCCCACAAGUAUAAUGCAUACUAAUGAAAUUCAAAUUCCCAGUUCUUCCCAGACAGUACUAACACCUACGAGUAUAGCACAUCAUCCUAACAAAGUGCUAAAUCCCAAUUGUUCACAAAAAUUACCAACACCUACAAUACCACAUCACAACAAAAUACGAAUUCCCAGUUCUUCACAGACAGAGCCAACUACGAAUAUAAUGCAACCUCAUAAAAUACAAAUUCCCAGUUGUUCUCAGACAGUACCAACACCUACUAACAAAGCAAAAAACCAAUUUGUUAGAAGAAAACGUCCAGCUACUGUUGUAAGAGCACUUACAAGCUCAAGAUUGGCUGAAAAAUAUGAUGAUUUGGUUGAUAGGAGGCUAAGAAUUGCAGAAAGGACAGAGAAUGAGUUCAAAGAGAAAACUGCGGAACAUUUAAAGAGAAUGGAACUUUUAGAUUUUGAAAUUGCAAUAAAAAAAAGACAAUUGAAUUUAAAUUAG